UUAAGUUUAUUACUAACUAAUAAAAUGCAUUAUUUUGGUAAUCUUACAUUAUUCCAAUUCAAGGGGCCUUCUCCCCCUGUUUUUGUGGUCCAGGGUCAAAGGGAAGCUACUCUUCCUGGUUUAAUAGUGCAAGGCACAUUAUUAGUGUAUUAUUCAGUCUUUGCUCUUCACAUGCACUAAACAAAGGGAAGUAAUCCAUGUUUCAGCUGAAUUUAGUUGCUACAUCCUCUUUUCAUUCACACAACCACACCGGUAACACGCUUUUUAUUUCCACACGAAAGUUUUGUCAAUUUUGCUGGGAAGAGAGAUGUCGGGUCGCCGGAGAAGCAAGCGGAAGGGUAGUACAACAAGCAGGCAGUUGUCGCAAGCAAGGGGGUCUGCUCAGAGGCGUCGAGGGUCGCAGAAAGUUGCUCCACACAAUGCGACGUCUGAUAGUGCUGUUCUUAGAGACGGGGAAAAUGGCGACAGCAGCAUGGCCGAAGCAGAGGUCCACGUGGUCCCAGAGGCUAUCGACGUGGUCCCAGAGGCUAUCGACGAGAUAACGCCUGUUACCACUACUCCUUCAGGAGGUGAGUCGGUGCAAAUUGGUUUUUAUCCGAACAAUACAUAUACCCCAUCAGUUAACUCACAAAUGUAUUCUCCCGGAAUUUCAAAUCAUGUCCCUCAAUCCCAGUGUCAUAACAAUGCACCUAGCGUGGUUAGUAACCCAAAUCAUGUCCCUCAAUCCCAGUGUCAUAACAAUGCUCCUAGCAUGGUUAGUAACCCAAUUGCUCCUCCUAAUUCGCAAGGCAUUCCCAUGUUUCAAAAUGUUGACAUGUUAAAUAUGCCACCACCUACAACAACACAAAGUGUGGAUGAUAACCUGGGUUGUAAUGUCCCUGUCAACAUUAAAAACAAAAUAUGGAAUGGUGAGUACAUCAAUUUCGCACUAUUGCUUAAACCAGACAGAGAUUUGAUGGAUUAUAUGACAACUUCGGCAGUAUUCAUCAGUACAGAUGGACAGCUGGAGUUGAGGCCCAAGUCUCAAGGCAAGAGAAUUGAGAACAUUUUUGAUUGGACAACGGCUUUCACAACUUACAUGAGUAUUUAUGUCCAGCGCAGGAUGGACAUGGUUCAAGGUUUACUGAAACACAUGAAUACUGUCCGUUUAGCAGCGUCUCGUCAUACUGGUUUGGGAUGGAGAACCUAUGAUGAACAAUAUCGUCUUCGCCAGGCUCGUGACCAGUCUCUACCAUGGGGAAAAUUGAAUGUGGAAUUGUGGAUGUUGUUUGUACAGACACCUUACCAUCAACAGGUCAGUUCUGGGUUUUCUGGAUUUCAAAAACGACACGUCAGCACAUUUCAGGGAAAAUUACAACGACCGGCAAACAACACAUGUAACAACUUCAAUCAGAGCAAGUGCUUUAGACAAAAGUGCAAGUACCGACACAGCUGUUCUGCAUGUGGAAGUGAUGCCCAUCCAGCCUGCAGAUGUACAUCAGCCAGCACUCCUUCCAGAGUUAUACAAGCUCGGUCGAACACCAGUCAAGACACAAGUGCUGGAACGUAUGGCAAAGCAUUUUCCGGAUCAGGCUCAAGCUCAGUUUCUCGUUAAUGGUUUCAAAUAUGGCUUCAAGCUAGGAUGUGAUGGUCCAGUGGUAGGUGCUAUGGCAAGAAAUCUCAAAUCUGUGGAAAAUAAUCAGUUUAUGUCACACUUAAAAAUCCAAAAAGAGUUGGACUUGGGUAGAAUAGCAGGCCCAUUUGACUUCCCUCCUCUACCAAAUUUUAAGGUUUCACCGCUCGGAUUGGUCCCUAAGAGCACUCAAGGAGAUUAUAGGUUAAUACACCACCUAUCUUUUCCAGAAGGUCAGAGCGUAAAUGAUUUUAUUGAUGAAAGUUUGUCUUCAGUUCAGUACACUACAUUUGACCAGGCAGUUCAAAUGGUUCAGCAGCUAGGGCAGGGAGCUUUACUGGCUAAAGCCGAUGUAAAGAGUGCUUUUCGCUUAAUGCCUAUCUGGCCAGGAGACUUUAGGUUAUUAGGUUUUACUUUGGAAAACAAAUUUUACUUUGACAAAUGUUUACCAAUGGGUUGUUCAGCAAGUUGCUCUUUGUUUGAAAGAUUUUCAACCUUUAUUGAAUGGGCUUCAGCACGAAGAUUCAGCAAUGGAAAAAGCAUGCAUUACCUUGACGACUUCCUUUUUGGGGGUGAAAAAGCUACAAACCACUGCCAAGUCGUUCUGGAUUCAUUCAUUUCGGUAUGUGCUGAUCUUGGUGUACCAAUAGCUACAGAGAAGACAGUGGGGCCAACAACAAAGCUAACAUUUUUAGGCUUGGAACUAGAUUCAGUCAACAUGUGUGUGCGUGUGCCGGAGGAGAAGCUCUCUUAUUCGUUAGAUGCUAUAGACCAAUUUUUGGCACGUUCAAAGGUUAGAUUAAAGGAAAUGCAGUCUUUACUUGGUUUACUUAAUUUCCUGUGCAACGCAGUUCCAUCAGGCAGAUGUUUCCUCCGACGAAUGAUUAAUGCAACAUGUGGUAGGAAGCCUCACCACCACAUAAGAUUGACAAAGGACAUGAAGAGUGACCUAAGAGUUUGGCAGAGAUUUUUGAAGGAGUUCAAUGGAGUUUCCAUAAUGAGAUCAAGGUUUUGGGCUUCAAAUGCUGAUCUGGAUUUUUAUACUGACAGUGCUGGUGGACAAGGCAAAGGUUUUGGUAUUUAUUUUGCCGGACGAUGGACCUGUGGACCUUGGCCGAAUCAUUGGGUACAGCAGGGUUUGAUGACGAAUAUUACCUUCCUUGAGUAUUUUCCCAUUGUAGUUGCAGUUGCGAUAUGGGGUCCUGAGUUACUCGGGAAAAAGGUCACAUUCCAUUCUGACAACCAGGCCGUAGUCGAGAUCAUUAACAAGAUGACCUCAAGAUCAGAUCCAGUUAUGUGUUUGGUUAGGCACCUUGUCUUGUGUUGUUUGGAGUCGAAUAUCACAAUUAGAGGUGAGUACAUUGAGGGGAAAAAGAAUGUUCUUGCUGAUGCACUUUCACGUUUUCAGUUAGAGAAAUUCAGGCAGCUGGCUCCAGAUGCAGAUUUGGCGGCUACUCUUAUACCAGACACAGUUUGGAAGAUUGUGGAAGAGAAGUAAACCGAUUACUAGUGGUGGCUAUUUCACACAAUAUGAGGAAGGCUUACCAGGGAGCACUGACCAGCUUUUCACGCUUUCGACAACAGUUCAACUUUCCUUAUCUUUGGCCGGUUCCAUCAGGACAACUUACAACAUAUAUUGCAUUUUUGUCCCUGAAAGGUUUGGCCCACUCUACACAGUGUCAGCACCUUUCAGCAAUAAGCUACCAACAUAAGCUCCCAGGAUUGCAUGAUACCACAAGCAAUUUUAUCAUCCGAAAGAUGCUGGAAGGCUCCAAACGACUCAAGGGUCAUAGGGACGGCAGGGCUCCAAUCAUGUAUUCCAUAUUGAUUAAGAUGCCUCAAGCUCUUAAUGCUCUUUGCAUUUCUCCCUAUGAAGCUAUUUUGUUUACAAGUGCAUUUUUUCUGGCCUUUUUCGGUUUCAUGAGAGUUGGCGAGUUGGUUUACACUGACCAUCUUCAUUUGGAACGGCCUCUUAGGAUUUCAGAUGUCACAGUCCAGAGGACAUUUUUAGAAGUAACCGUGAGAUCGUCGAAGACAGAUCAGUUAGCAAGGGGUUGCACACUCCACAUCCAAGGUAAUGCAAGUGAAAUGUGCCCACUAAAAGCAAUGAAGCAAUACCUUGCACUUCGUCCAGUGGGUUCAGUUUUUCUGUUUUGCCAUAGGAACUGUCAACCUUUAACAAGAUACCAGUUUGCAGCUAUGGUUUCCAAAUGCAUCAGAUAUAUGGGACUCGACCCAUGUAAGUUCAAAUCACACUCGUUCCGCAUUGGAGCAGCCACUACUGCCGCAGACAUGGGCGUGUCAUCGGAGACAAUACAGAUGUGGGGUCGAUGGAAGUCUAAGGCGUACUCAACUUACAUUAGACUCUAAACUUUGAAUUCACAAUCAAUGACUUCAGGUAAUUUGCUAUUUAUAAAUAAUUAUUAUUAUUCCAGAUGUAUGGAUAAUAGGCUCAUCAUUCAUUUAUUGGGCCCAUCGUCAGUCGUUGAGGUUGAAACUGGGAAACAACCUGGGACUGGCUUACCUAGGGUUACGUUUUUACUGGUUUGGAAAGCGGGGGAUGAAGUGGUCAGAACUUGUGCAAGUCGUCCAGACACAAUUAGGCCGUCUACCCCCCCCAAGUCUUAUACUCUUGCAUUUGGGAUCAAAUGACCUUGUUGACCAGAAUAUUGGUUCCCUCGUUUGCCAUGUUACUGAUGACAUCUACUACCUGGCUCAACUGCUUCCAAGUACAGUUCUUGUUUGGUCAGAAGUGCUACCAAGGUUAUACUGGCAUGGAGCUGUCAACCCAAAGGCGAUAGAAAGGGCUCGACGUCGACUGAACCGAGCUGGGGUCAAAGCAGUGUUGCAUUGGGGGGGGCGCUGUAUUUAUCACAAGCUUACCAUGUCUGAAACAGGACUUUUCCGCCAUGAUGGCGUACAUCUUUCUGAAGUCGGAAAUGCAUUGUUUGUAAACACUUUACAAGAGGCUUUUCAGCACUUCAUGGCAGAUACUGAAGUACAAAGUAAGGUAUUUUUGGCUAAUUAAUCUCUUGCACCAUAACAGUAAUCACAGUACAAGUAUUGGAGGAGUUGUGUAUAGACACAUCUCGUGGCGGAACACUUUUGGGCUGGGAGUUGUGAUUUUGGUGUUUUUGGGGUCUUUGAGGCGUACCCUCUAGGCUCUAUUGUAUAAUGGUGGUUGUAGAGCCUACAGCAGACCCCCUAUGCGCUUUUCCCUGGGGGGUCCCAUCAUUUGGCUCUGUAUGGAUUACCCUCGGAGCCGCGUUUGCUGUUCUGUCCGGGCACCUUCGGGUUGACAGUCAGCCGUGUUUAGCGUUUCCCAGCCCGGAGUGUUCUCCAGUCCUUGUACUUUUCUGUAUAUAAACCUGUGGCCUUACAUCCAACUCAAGUCUUUGUGUUUUGUUUUGUUUUCUUGCAAUGGUGCAGCAUCUACUUCUGCAAAAGCAUUAUCCUAAAAUAAUUAAGUUUAUUACUAACUAAUAAAAUGCAUUAUUUUGGUAAUCUUACAUUAUUCCAAUUCAAGGGGCCUUCUCCCCCUGUUUUUGUGGUCCAGGGUCAAAGGGAAGCUACUCUUCCUGGUUUAAUAGUGCAAGGCACAUUAUUAGUGUAUUAUUCAGUCUUUGCUCUUCACAUGCACUAAACAAAGGGAAGUAAUCCAUGUUUCAGCUGAAUUUAGUUGCUACAUCCUCUUUUCAUUCACACAACCACACCGGUAACACGCUUUUUCCCUCCCAUCCCACCCAUUAUUUCUCAUUUCAAACAUAUAUCUGUAUAACAAUUCCUCAGUUGAUAGUUAAUCUUAUUUCAUGUAUUUGUAUGCUUCAUGUAUCAGGAACAUGUUCUGCUGCUUGUUUUCCUUUAUAUUGUAGUUGUUGACAAGUUAAUAUAUGCGAGGCAAGAGCUGUCCUGGUACAAACGUGUCGAACAAGUCACAGGUUUGUAUAUGCACAACAGGUGGGAUGAUCCUGGACUGGCACAUUCUACACAUUACAUCGCACGACAAUUGGUUUGUAUGCGUAGCGGAACACUUUUGGGCUGGGAGUUGUGAUUUUGGUGUUUUUGGGGUCUUUGAGGCGUACCCUCUAGGCUCUAUUGUAUAAUGGUGGUUGUAGAGCCUACAGCAGACCCCCUAUGCGCUUUUCCCUGGGGGGUCCCAUCAUUUGGCUCUGUAUGGAUUACCCUCGGAGCCGCGUUUGCUGUUCUGUCCGGGCACCUUCGGGUUGACAGUCAGCCGUGUUUAGCGUUUCCCAGCCCGGAGUGUUCUCCAGUCCUUGUACUUUUCUGUAUAUAAACCUGUGGCCUUACAUCCAACUCAA